CACUGCUGGCUCAUACAGAACUUUUUGUCCAUCAGGACCCCCCAAGUCCUUCUCUUAGUCCUUCUGCUCUGAAAGAGCUAUUCUCCCAGUCUGUUCACAAAUCUGGUAUUGCCCCAAGCCAAGUACAGCACCUUGCCCUUAGACUUACUGAACUUUGUUGAGUUCACGUGGGCCCACUUCUCAAGUUCGUCCAGGUCCCUCUGGAUGGUAUCCUUUCCUUCCAUUUUAUCAGCUGCACCACCCAAGUUGGUGUAAUCCAAAGACAUGCUAAUCACACUGUAUGUGUCAUUGGCAAUGAUGUUGAAGAGCACUGGUCUUAAGAUGGUCCCCCUGAGGGACACCGCUCGUCACCGGCUCCCACCUGGACAUAACGCUGCCAACCAGCCACUUCCUUACCCACUAAAGAGUCCUCCCUUCAAAUCCAUAUCUUGGGAAAGAUUGGGAAAAUCCUGGGAAGAUUUUGGGCAGUUGGACAAGUGGAUCUGAGAGCAGGAUUGGCAGCUGUCACCAGCUUUGGGCUCUUGUGUGGUGGCAUUAGUGGUGGCACUUUGGCUUCUGUGGCUUAACCCAGUUGUUUACUCCAGGUGCAUGAACCCACAAGAAAGGGGGAAGUCCUCAGGUGGCAGCAUCCUCCCCAGAAGUUCUGUUCUAGGUGUCUGUCUUACCUCCGCUCUGGAGCUGGUGCCUGUGAAGAAUGACCUCACGGGGUGCUGGGACGGCUCUGUCAAGGAAGAACUACCGGCUGAGCACUGGGCCAGACAAGUCCAAGGUUGCAGGGAUUGUGAACAGCAGGCUACUGAAUGACUAUCUGCAUCGGGUCUUCUCCAGUGCUGAUGGGAACCAGCCUGCAGCUGCUUACAGAAAGCACCUGACGUUCCAGAACCUGCAGGAGCACCUCGACCGGUUGCUAGCAGAGGAGAAUGGCUCUGAAGACAGCCAAGGUAGGAGGCACAAGAUGCCUGCAGUCUGUGUUUGUGCUGUCUGACUGGGGGGGACAAGUAAUGUCAUGCAACACAGUUCCCUGAGUAAGCAGUUUUCUGCCAUCUUGUGCUCUAAUUUAUUGCCCCUGUUCAUCCUGCCUGCUAGCAGCCCAUCAGACAGCCCUCAAGCAGGUCUGCUUGUUGAUGGAGGAGGCCAGUUUCCAGGUGGCAAUGCCUGAAAAAGCAGCUUUGGAGCAGUAGUUGGAUAUAUUUCAAUGAUAGCGAUGUGCAGAGCCUUUGCCAUGACCAGCUGU